UGGGGCGCUCCCCGUUCGGGGCGGAGUUUCGUCACGUGCCGGGAAGAAAGAGCCGGAGGCGCACAGGGCUCGGGGCGCGGGGCGGAGCGGCCAUGGCAGCUCCAGAGCCGCUGUCCCCAGCUGGGGGCGCAGGCGAGGAUGCGCCCGAUGAGGACGAGGAUGAAGCGGAGGCCGAGGACUCCGAGCGGCCAGGGGCAGCAGGCGGCGCGCGCGGCGGCGGUGGAGGUGGCGGCGGCGGGGCCGGGACGGCUUGUUGCAGCGGGCCUGGGGGCGCGCUCACCAGGCGCGCGGUCACGCUGCGGGUGCUCCUUAAAGACGCGCUGCUGGAGCCCGGCGCCGGGGUGCUGUCAAUCUACUAUCUGGGGAAAAAGUUCUUGGGAGACCUGCAGCCAGAUGGGAGGAUCGUGUGGCAGGAAACGGGCCAGGUGUUCAACUCACCCAGUGCCUGGGCCACCCAUUGCAAGAAGCUGGUGAACCCAGCCAAGAAGUCUGGCUGUGGCUGGGCCUCUGUCAAGUAUAAGGGCCAGAAACUGGACAAGUACAAGGCGGCCUGGCUCCGGCGAAACCAGCUCCAUGUGCCUGCAGCUGCCACCGAUGAGGUGCGUCCUUCAGCCUCCAUCAGCAAGCCCUCCCUGACUCACUGUCGGACAAGGAGUGCGCAGAGAGAGAGCCCGGCCAGCGAAGGGGAGGAGGAGGAGCUGCUGGAGGAAGAGGAGGAAGAGGUUCUGACAGGAGUCUCAGCAGAGGACAAGAGUCGGAGACCACAGGCGAAGGGCCUCUCUGAGCCUGUCCACCGGGAGGCCACGCCCCCAGGGAAACGGGUGGAAAACAAGACACGUGUGCCAGUGCGCUACUGCAUGCUGGGAAGUCGGGACUCUGCCAGGAACCCUCACACCCUUGUGGAAGUAACAUCCUUCGCAGCUAUCAACAAGUUCCAGCCAUUCAAUGUGGCCAUCUCCAGCAACGUGCUGCUCCUGCUGGACUUCCACAGCCACCUGACUCGCAGCCAGGUCGUGGGGUACCUGGGGGGCCGCUGGGACAUCAACAGUCAGAUGCUCACGGUGCUGAGAGCCUUCCCCUGUCGGAGUCGGCUGGGGGACGCCGAUACGGCAGCCACCAUCGAAGAGGAGAUCUACCAGAGCCUGCUUCUGCGGGGCCUGUCCCUGGUGGGCUGGUACCACAGCCACCCGCACAGCCCGGCGCUGCCGUCGCUGCAGGACAUCGACGCACAGAUGGACUACCAGCUGCGGCUGCAGGGCUCCAGCAACGGCUUUCAGCCCUGCCUCGCCCUGCUCUGCUCCCCUUACUACUCUGGCAACCCGGGGCCAGAGUCCAAGAUCUCGCCCUUCUGGGUGAUGCCGCCCCCUGAGCAAAGACCCAGUGACUAUGGCAUCCCCAUGGACGUGGAAAUGGCCUACGUCCAGGACAGCUUCCUGACUAAUGACGUCCUUCAUGAGAUGAUGCUGCUGGUGGAGUUCUACAAGAGCGCCCCUGACCUUGUCAGGUUCCAGGAGCCCUGGAACCAGGAGCACACCUACCUCGACAAGCUGAAGAUCUCCCUGGCCAGCAGGAUGCCCAAGGACCAGGGCCUGUGCCACGUGCUGGAGCAGGUUUACAGCGUCCUCAAGCAGGGGAGCUGAGGGCGCCAGCCUCCAAGGACCGGGGCGGCCCAGGGCGAGGGGAACGGGCCCCGGGCUCUGCCUGCGGCUGUGCCGCCCUGUCCCUGCAUGCCUGAGCUGCCUGGCAGCAGGGGCUCGCGUAAUAAAGGAGAGAAACAAGCAGCCCAGGUGCGUGCGUCACAGGUGCAGGAGGGACGUCACUCGGGCAGCCACGGCCAGCGGGGUGGGGGGCUCUCCCCGCCCGCACCAGUGACUGGCAACGACGGCCGUCCCUCCCAGGCCUGUAUGGGCGCCUCGUGCCCUCGUUGGAGACCCUCGGGAGGGCCCGCCCUGCACCACAACCAGGCAAAAGGCUGUAGAAAGAGACAUUUAAUACUUUUUAAAAAAAAUCAGGAUUACAUUUU